AGGAAAGCCAAAGGGGGGGGUACUACGUCUGAUGCCGUGAAGUGUGACCCAAACAAAGUUAGGCGGCUCAGUUUGAGCGAGCAACAGCUUGCCAAAGCUGUAGUUAAUCAUGGCACUGAAAUAGUGAGGUUUACACAGAGGAAUCUACUGAGGAUAUACCCAAAGGGCACUCGGGUUACUUCUUCCAACUACAAUCCAUUUAUUGGUUGGGUGCAUGGUGCUCAGAUGGUAGCCUUCAAUAUGCAGGGAUAUGGAAGAGCCCUUUGGUUAAUGCAUGGAUUUUAUAAAGCCAAUGGUGGCUGUGGCUACAUGAAGAAACCGGAUUUCUUGAUGCAGUCUGAGCCGGAAGUUUUUGAUCCAAAAAAGCCUCAACCUGUUAAGAAGACCUUGAAGGUAAAAGUGUACAUGGGUGAUGGUUGGGGGAUGGACUUCAAGCAGACACACUUUAAAUGUUUCACCUGGAUCCCGUCAACAGCGUCGCUGCGGCCUAGUGGAUAGCGCGCGCAGCCUCAGACCUGGAGGUCGCGGGUUCGAAUCUCCCUCGCGCGCGAUUUUUCGUUUCGGUUAUAUAUUUGUUUAAUUCGCCGGAAACUUUCGAACAAGUCCGUGAAAAACUUGCGAACGAAAAAAAAUC